CUCGCUCGCUCGCUCUCUCUCUCUCUCUGUCUUUCUCUCUCUCUCUCUCUCUCUCGCUCGCUCGCUCUCUCUCUUCCUCUCACCUCUGAAAGUACCACUGUGAUCUGUCAAUCGUCAGUGAACCGUGUGUGAGUAAUGAAGACUGUGUGAGUGAUCUAUGCCUGUACUGGUGUAUCAGAGAUGGCGGGUGUUUUAUGGAUGCUCUUUGCCGUUUCCUGUCCUUUGGUUCUCUCAGAGAGUGGGGAUUUUGACUGGUCAGAUGAAGUGACCUGCUGGUCAACUAUGACCCUCCGUCAGAGUAACCUCAUCUGCUCGGUCAACGAACCCCUGGAGGAGGACAACCUUUUGACACUCUGCACAAUGGAGGGUUCGUUGAAAAGUUGUUCCAAUGCUACUAAAAGACUACAAGACUUUAUUUUUGAGGAUUUGAUCCUUACAGCAAAAUAUGAGCUACUUAUAGGAAAUGAUGUUAUCAACAGUGACAUCAACCUUUCAAAAAUAGUCAAAAUCCCAGCUCCUGAAAUGAAACUUGCUACGUACAUGGAAAGCACAGAUGAAGUUUUCAUAUGGUUUGAACACAUUCAUGAAUAUGUUAAAAACCCCAAAUUCCAAUUGCAAAUAUGGAGGGACAAAGAUACGGACAAGAUCAUCAUAAACAUUACAAAUAGGAACUUCAGUAUGAGCAGGGAAAGCCUUGGAGAUGGUGUUUACUGGACACGGGUUAGAGCAAAACCGUGGGACUAUUUUGCUGGCGACUGGAGUGAGUGGAGUUCAAAUGCCAAUUUCACUAUAAAAGUUCCUUCCACAGAAAAUAAUUUCCCAAUGGUUGGUUUCAUCAUCACCGUCUUUGUCAUUCUGGGGCUCAUCAUCGGUUUGGGGACCUUGCGAUGGAUGGCACACAUUAAAGAAUACAUUACACCAAACAUCCCACACCCCAAGGCAACUCUUGCACAAAUGCAAAGGGGCCUUCCUUUCACUUUCAGUCCUGAGCUAUUCAGUGACGUCUUCAUACACCGUGUGGAUUACGUUGAUGAAAAGCCAUCUUCUCCUGAGCUUCAGGACGGCCUGGACGAGUGCUGCUGCAGUCAAGCCAGUUCCUCUAGAACGUCCCUGAGUGAAAUGGACAUGAAAGCUGAUGAAUGUCUUCCAAGAGAGCAGUCCCACCUUAAAAUUAGACUGUUAGAUGAAUCCGAUUCUUUGAAAGUAAGCGAACAUGGCAGCUCUCAGAGCGCAACGGCAACUCAACGGGAAUGUAAAGAUGAAGCCUAUGUCACUAUGUCCAGUCUCUUCAAAAUGCAGUGAUGAAACUGUAUCAAGUCAGUUCCAGUUCACUGGGGAUUUUACAAACGCUUGGUUUGUAUAUGACAAAGAGUUAACUGAGAUUUUAUGACGCAUUUAAUAACCCAAUAAGCCUGUGACAUAUAUAAGAGGCGCUUUAACACAUCACUAGUCAUGUCCGGUUUGUUGCUCUGAUGCUAACCAAGUUUGUACAUAUAGCAGUCAUCCACAGGUUUCAUUUUCAACCAAGCAUCGUGCACAGCUGUGGUCUCCAUUUUGGUAGCCAAUUUCCUUCUGAAUGUUUCAGAAACACAGGCAUUAAGAGUGAUAAGAAAAGUCAUCACGCAUAUACUCAGACCUCAUGUAACUGCUGCUAGCCUCAGUAUCCUCUGCCAGACCUCGCGCACAACUUUCAAACCUAAUACAUAACAGUUCAAGUGGCACUUUUUCAAUUAACUGAGGAUUUAUUUAUAACAUAUAUGGGAAAAAAAAAAUAUUUUCUGUGUAUAUUAAAAACAUCUGCUUGUAAUGCUAACUUUGUAAUGCAAUUCAGCUGUAGCCUAUAUACAUGGUAUUCUAUGUUAAAACAGAUGUGUAAUAAAGGAAUGUAUAAAAAAA